AUUAUAUAAACCGUCACAAUUCUCUCCAUUUUUUCCCAAAAUUGUACCUUUUCCGAUCUUCUCAUCAGUCCUUCAGAAAAAUCUUUAACUUUGUAAGUACUUUUUCAUUCUUUCAUUUGAAAAUGGGGAGAUAUCCGCCGUCUGGCAAAUUAGACAAUGAUUUGAAGAAAGGCCCAUGGACAACUGAAGAAGAUGAAAAGCUAAUGGAAUAUAUUCAAGAACAUGGCCAUGGAAAUUGGCAAUUAGUCCCCAAGAGAGCAGGCUUAAACAGAUGUGGCAAAAGUUGUAGAUUAAGGUGGACAAAUUAUCUAAGGCCUGAUAUUAAAAGAGGGGGUUUUUCAGAAGAAGAAGAGGAAAUGAUCAUCAACCUUCAUUCUGUUCUUGGAAACAAAUGGUCAAGAAUUGCAGCUCAUCUUCCAGGAAGGACUGAUAAUGAAAUCAAGAAUUUGUGGAACACCCAUAUCAAGAAAAAGCUUCUUAAGUCUGGGAUUGAUCCAGUAACACAUCAACCAAUAACUGAUCCAAAUUUGCUUCUUAGCCUUUCUAAUUUGAUGAAUCCUUUUGAAUCUGCUCUUAUGUUACAAGCGGAAUUGACUGAAAUGGCCAAAAUCCAUCUUAUUCAAAACAUAAUUCAAGUCCUAAAUUCUCCUCCAUUAAUUCCAUCUUUAGUACAAGAAAAUUUUCCCAUGCAACAAUUGUACAAUAAUUCUGCCCCAUAUGAUCAAAUCCUUACUAACGUGACAAAUACAAAUGAACCCUCUCCAAUUUCGAAUAAUUCAUCGGACAGUAUGGUCCUAAAUCGGAAUAUUUUGGAGAAUAACAUGAUUAUUAAUGGAUUUACUAAAGUGUCUAAUGUUGAUAAUUCAGAAUAUUCACUUCCAGCACUAGUUGAGCAGAUUGAAAUUCCAAGUUAUGAUAUCUCAGAAUGCAAGGGAUUUGAUGCAUGGGAAAAAAGUCUGGAUGAUGAAGCAAAUAACUCCUUCUGGCAAGAUAUUAUUUAAUUUGUGUAGGUAUAGACACAUCAUGAUUGAGCUUCUAUGUUAAUUUGUGUAGCUUCCUAAUUUUCUCAACACUCUUAUCUUGUAUACGUUUUAAUCGACAUUUUAAUUUUUCUUAAUUGUUGAGGAUUUUACUUUUUUGUUCCCCUUAUUAAUUUGGUAGGGAGCGUAUAAUAAGGGACAAAAAGGGAC